ACUUCAGCAACAAGCAGCUCCCUGCCCUCAGACGCUGAGUCUUGUCCUUCCAAGGAGGUUCUGCCAAGCGUGCUCAAUAACCAAUUCCACGCACCCUUUACCUACCAGUUCACAAGAGUCUCCAUGUUGGUCUCUGUGUUAUUGGAUCAGCUGUGCCCCAGCAGCACACUUUACGCUCCCAGAAGGAUGACAGAUGAACAGUUUGACGUUGGCCCACCACCAUUGAGCAAUAUCUACCAAACCUUGUCAGAAUGCCAGACAGGCCUUAUGUUGCAAUCAGCGCAGAAGAAGUUGAAUGAGGCAACGCACAAACUGGACAAAUUAUCCCAGGAGCUGGACUCGAUGUGGUCCACACAGAGCAGCCCCGUGGUUACUGAUGCCGCUCAGUCUGAUAGCAAGACCUAUCAGAAAGAGAGCCCGGUGACCACUUCAACAUCGUCCAACAUGUACGGCCCAAGUUGGGCCGAAUCGCAGAGUAAAUGUGAUGAGCUGUUACCAGUCGUUAGUGAGACUCCAUCCUCCUCUCCACAGCCAUUACCAGCCUACACACCACUGGUAUCUCCCCAGCAGCCUCCCACACCCUACACUUUCAAUCCUGUGUUCGACCGAGCGCCCUCUCCCCGACCAAUGGUGCCAGGCUCGCCAAUGCUCCAUCAGCAGGAGCCCCGCGCUCCGUUCGACCGAGCGCCCUCUCCCCGACCAAUGGUGUCAGGCUCGCCAAUUCUCCAUCAGCAGGAGCCCCGCGCUCCGUUCGACCGAGCGCCCUCUCCCCGGGGAAUGGUGUCAGGCUCGCCAAUGCUCCAUCAGCAGGAGCCCCGCGCUCCGUUCGACCGAGCGCCCUCUCCCCGACCAAUGGUGUCAGGCUCGCCAAUGCUCCAUCAGCAGGAGCCCCGCGCUCCGUUCGACCGAGCGCCCUCUCCCCGGGGAAUGGUGUCAGGCUCGCCAAUGCUCCAUCAGCAGGAGCCCCGCGCUCCGUUUGACCGAGCGCCCUCUCCCCGACCAAUGGUGCCAGGCUCGCCAAUGCUCCAUCAGCAGGAGCCCCGCGCUCCGUUUGACCGAACGCCCUCUCCCCGACCAAUGGUGUCAGGCUCGCCAAUGCUCCAUCAGCAGGAGCCCCGCGCUCCGUUUGACCGAGCGCCCUCUCCCCGACCAAUGGUGCCAGGCUCACCAAUGCUCCAUCAGCAGGAGCCCCGCGCUCUGUUCGACCGAGCGCCCUCUCCCCGACUCGGGUUUAGCCCUGUGACCCAGUGGAAGAAUCCUGAGCCCUCCGCCCACCCUCUUGUGAGUGUUGCCCAUGAGCCCCAAUCUUCGCCCGGUGGAAUCGUGGAAUGCCCUCUCCCCCAGCAGCCAGGCUUGUUCAAUCCGGUGCCGUCGGCCUACCCAGGACCCUUGGGCAACACCAGAGUGUCCCCCCGUGAGAAUGUUCCUCCGCUGCUGCUUUCUGCUGCCUCUCGGCAUGCCCCCGACCGCUACGAGAUGCUUUUGGAGGGUCCGGACGGAAGAGGUAUGAGUGGCUUCGCACUCAAUCCUGGAGCAUUCAACGUUGGUACAGGUGACACUUUGAAGAAGAAGAAGCCUGGUGUGUGGGCUGAAGCUGAUUUAGACAUUGCGUAUGAGAAAAAACCUUCACAAACUCCGAGCAACGAAACCAAGCGUGAGCAGAACUGGAGCACGAUGAAGCACGGAGGGAGCUGGAGGCAGACCGACCUCGAUUUGGCAGUUCUCCCAAACAAGGCUUUAGCAAGACAGAGCAAGGCAUUCAAUUCAAUUCAGAUAUACGGCACCCUACCCAAAGGAACUGUCCCACCCCAAUGGAGACACGAGACUGCCCACCAGCAGAGGAGGUCUCCCCAGCACAGCCCCUGGCCCAACUUGCCAUCCCCGAUCGUGUCCCGGACCAGCGUCCCACCGUCAGGCUCCCGGCCCUCGUCCAUCAAGGAGCGCAGGAACGUCCUGCCCCUCUCGGUGCUGAUCAGGCCCACCAUCGUCAGCCGGGGCCAGGGGAGGAUCGCCGCUGGGGCCAGACUCCCUCAGGACCACUUUGCUGCCCCUCCAAUGAUGAGAUACCCACAAUUCCAGCCGAUAACAGAAGGUGGCAGGAAGAUGCCUGAUUUCUCAGCUCUGCCCUCCAACUCCCGGCACUCUCCCCUUCCUCUGCCAGAGAUGGGUGAGGUAGAGACGGAGAUUGCCAACAUUCUGCAGCCUGGAGACUCCCCUGAUGCAGAGAACAUUCCCCGGCCCCUGUCACCCACCCGCCUGCAACCGGUUUCCCUGCCGGACUCCGAAGCUAUCCAGGACAUGGAGGAGCUGAUGCGAAUCCGAGCCGCCAUUCCACGCCCGCUGAAGAGACGAACAUCCAUCGAGCAGCCUGUGCAGUGGCUGGUGCCCAUGCAGAAACAAGCCCACCUUUACCAGCAGCUCACCAAACUCUUCACUCGCAGCGGAGCUGGCCAGAGGAAACAGCAGGACCCUGCUGAGGGAAGUGCCUUGUCCAGCUCGCCGCAGAUCUCGCCUGCUUCAGAGUCUAACGUUGCCCCAGGUCUUCCCGCCCCGAUACUGGAAUUUCCCACAACACCAUCUACAUCGCCUGUGAAGCAUUCAAUCCUGAAGCAAGGAGACAGCUCUGGGCCAAGCAAAACCACGAGGGCACGGCUGAAUCCUUUAGUGGUGUUGCUGGACGCUGCGUUACUCGGGGAGCUGGAGGUGGUGAAGCGAGUGGUGUAUGAGAUGGACGACCCGAGUCAAUCCAACGACGAGGGCAUCACAGGGCUCCACAAUGCCGUGUGCGGUGGGCAUUACGACAUCGUAGAGUUCCUCGUCAACUGUGGAGUCAAUAUCAAUGCAGCUGAUGGCUAUGGAUGGACCCCCCUGCACUGUGCAGCAUCCUGUAAUGACUUAGCAAUCUGUACUUUCCUGGUGAAGAAAGGGGCAGCGAUCUUCUUGACAACUCUGAGUGAUGGAGACACGGCUGCAGAGAAAUGUGACCGUUACCUGGAUGGUUAUGAGGAAUGUGCUCGAUUUCUGUUCAGCGCUGAGCAGCAAGCUGGGAUGAUGAACAGUGCAGUGGUGUAUGCUCUGUGGGAUUAUGAGGCUGAGAACAGCGAUGAGCUCUCCUUCCGUGAGGGCGAGGCCAUCACUAUCCUGCAGCGGGGCGACAAGGAGGAGAAGAAUUGGUGGUGGGCUUCGCUUUACGGCCGAGAGGGCUACGUCCCCUACAACCUCCUCGGGUUGUUUCCCAGAGUGAGGCCAGCGGUGUAGGAGGGAGAUGCAUCCUCUUCAUGGACAGGCUUACACCAGUUCCGUCAGACAGCAGCAGGAACACUGGCGUUCCAAGCACUGGGUACCGCAGCUCGGACCAUCAGCUGAUGCUGUGUGACUUGCUGAUCCGGGAUUCUGAGUGGGAACGCUGCUCAGCAACAGGUUUCCCAUUCUUGACAGUGUCGGCUGCUGCUGUGCACGUUUGUAGAGUCCGUUGGGUGGUCACGGACAAGAGGCCAUUCAGCCCAUUGAGUUCCAUGCUGUUCCCCAAUGGGCAGUGCAAUAACUGAGCCCCGUUCGCGUGUCAUACUGCAACGUGGUGGCAGCGUUAUGACUCUUCCUGGUUUGGUCAUUGAUCAUCACAAAGUAUGUGAAACCUUUUGAGAUUAAUGGAUUCCAAUUUAAAUUCAUCCUCAUCUCACCCCACAAUUCCCAGCUCGAUGACAUUCCCUCUGAGGAAGUUGCUUCCUCUCAUUAUCUAUCCACAUUUCUGCCAAGACAACCCAUGACACAAAACGAUGAACUUUUCAAGGACAUUGCGUUUGUAAAUAAGCUUGAUGUAAUUGAAAUUAAAUCCUUCCUUCAUUCCCAUUAGGGACACAGCCUACACUAAUUCAUAUUUUCCUUCCUUUUUCUCUUCCACUGACCAGAUCGCACAACUAGUGGUCAGGGACAGUGCUUGCCAGUGUGUUUCUGAAUGUUUUAAUGCU